CCUACGAUCUGAUUCGAUAGGAGCGAUGAUGACAUCCAGAGUCGAUCGUUCGCACCACAACCAAGUCGCCUCGCAACUCAUAGACCGACUUGCGAACUUCCUCCGACUUACUCGAUUACACAACAAUACGACGACUUGACAGUUGACGACUCAAGAUGGUCAAGCUCACAAUUCAAGAGGACCGCCCGACGCCCAAGGAGGUCUACAACUGGAAGGUCUACACCUAUGCGUGCCUCGCAUGUUGGGCGUCCGUGAUGAUCGGAUACGAUUCCGCCUUCAUCGGGACCAGUCUCGCCCUCCAAUCGUUCAAGGACGAGUUCGGAUUGAAGACGGGAACCGCCGAGGAAAAGGCCAGGUUUAACGACUUGAGCGCGAAUAUCGUAUCCACUUACCAGGGCGGCUGUGCUGCUGGAGCCCUGUGCUCGUAUUUUGUCGGCCACUACUUCGGGCGUAAAUGGGGUCUCUUCGCUUGCGCCUUGGUCUUCUGCGUCGGAGCCGUCCUCCAGGUCGUCGCUAGCAGCAGUACCGGAUUGGGGAUCAUGUACGCCGGACGAUUUAUCGUCGGGUGGGGUGUGGGUGUGGCGAGUAGUUUGACUCCCAUCUACGUCGCGGAGAUCUCGCCGGCUGCUAUUCGAGGUCGAUUGAUCGGUAUUUACGAAGCCGGGUGGCAGAUCGGAGCCGUCGUCGGAUUCUGGAUCAACUACGGUAUCAACUUGAACAUCCCUUACGGUAACAAGCAGUGGCACAUCUCUUUCGCCGUCCAAUUGAUCCCCGGUGGAAUGUUGGCCCUGUCCGCCAUCUUCCUCUCUGAAUCUCCUCGAUGGCUCGUAUACAAGGGCAGGAACGUCCAAGCUCGCAAGAACCUGUCCAACAUCCGAAACCUGCCCGAGGACCACCCUUACCUCGUGGAAGAGAUGGAGGAGAUCGAAGUCGCUCACGAGCGGGACCAGCUGGCCGGCGGUGCCGGGCUCUGGGGUCCUAUCAAGACCCUCUUCAGGUCGCCCGAAUACCUCAAGCGAGUCGGGAUUGCCGUCUCGUUGUUUGCCAUGCAGAACGGAACUGGAAUCAACGCCAUCAACUACUACUCUCCUACCGUGUUCAAAUCCAUCGGAGUUAGCGGGACCAACACCGGUCUCUUGACCACCGGGAUCUUCGGUCUGAUCAAGUUCGCUGGAGCCAUUGUAUGGUUGCUCUACUUGGUAGACAGGUUCGGCCGAAAGCCCUUGCUGAUCGUCGGAGCCGCCGGAGGUGCCAUUAGCAUGUACUACAUCGGUGCCUACAUCGCCAUCGCCAAGCCCGAGAACAACCCUCCCGGUACCAAGCUAAGCUCGGGAGGUAUCUCCGCCAUCGCGUUCUUCUACAUCUGGACUUGUUUCUACGGACCCACCUGGAACGGUACUCCCUGGGUCUUUGGAGCGGAGGUCAUGCCCACCUUUGUUCGUGCUGCUACGCAGUCCAUCAUCGCCGCUUCGAACUGGCUCUUUGCCUUCGCCAUCGCCCGUGCGACUCCCUACAUGUUCCAAGACAUGAAAUACGGAGUCUACCUCUUCUUCGCCAGCUUCAUGGUCGUCUCCAUUCCCAUCGUCUACUUUAUCGUGCCGGAAACCGCUCACAUCCGAUUGGAGGAGAUGUCCGACCUGUUCGCAUUGCCUCCUCGAAAGGCGCACGGGAUCAUCAUGUCCCGCAACCGAGACAACGCGAACGACCGACCUGCGACCGCCAUCAACUCCGAGUCGUUCAACGAGGGAGACGACGAGAAGGGCGUCGAGUCUCGAAAUGAAUACGUAUGAGGAUCUUCUUCGGAAGUCACGAAAGACCGAAAUUUAUCAUCAGCAGUGUAACAGUAUUAUUAGGCAGCUUGUUGGAUCUUGCUUUGUAAGAGACUGACGAACAUGAAAGGAAUAUGCAUUGUCUCAAGG